UUUAUACUUACUUUCAUUCAAGAUCUCAUCAGAUCGGCAUGGUCACUUCUAUGGGAAGUUGCUCGUUUAAUAUUUAAUAAUUUCAAAAGAACUUUUUCGGUAUGUUCUCCUAAUAUUUUUGUUUGUUUUUAAUUGAUAAAGUGCUUCAGAAAAUUUUCAAAAAAUGACGAUUAUUACUGGAUCGUUGCAGAAGAUACAGCAGGGCAGUCUGCUGUUUCAGUAUCUAGGAGCAUAUACAAGUACACUUAACGUCAUCACUAGCGGCAUGUUCUACGGAUGGUCCUCACCUUCCUUACCAAAACUCCUCAGCAACACUUCGACCAUCCCAACUACAACAGACCAAGGUUCCUGGAUAGCUGUGAUGCCACUUAUAAGCGCUGUGAUUGGUUCUCUUAUAGCAGGCUCCACUGUGGAUAUGCUCGGGAGAAAGCGGAUGAUCCUUGUCGCCUCACUGCCUUACUUUGCCUCUUGGAUCAUGAUCGCCUUCGCCAAAUCAGUUGAACUGAUAUACGUUGCGAGGUUUAUAGCUGGAAUGUCUGACGGAUUGGUUUUUACGGCGGUGCCCAUUUAUAUAGGGGAAAUUUCCGAACCGAGAAUCAGGGGCUUGCUAGGAGCCAGUGUGUCAGUGACUUUUAUAUUUGGAAUUCUCCUAAUAAAUAUAAUAGGGUCCUAUUUAACUAUAACCUUAGCGGCUUUGGUGGCCAGUUGUUUGCCGCUGAUCACUUUGGUCACUUUUGCCUUUAUGCCAGAGACUCCUUAUCAACAUUUGAUGCGAGGAAACUCAGAAGAAGCCAAAAGAAGUUUGCAGAAGCUCAGGGGGAUGCUGGACGUUGAUGCUGAGCUGACGCGGGUCAGUUUGGCUGUCAAAGCUGAGACAAAACACAAAGGGCGGUUUUGGGAUUUGUUCACUGAUAGAGUUAAUAGAAAGGCUGUUUUUAUUAUGGUCAUUGUUAGAGGGGCUCAGCAGUUAAGUGGGGUCACUGCCAUAACGUUUUACGCGCAAAUAAUAUUUAUUGAGGCUGGUGAUAAUAUUUCAUCUGAAACAGCUACAAUUAUCUUCUUUUCAGUGCAGUUAUGUCUGUCUUUAUUCGCUUCAACGAUCGUUGACCGUGCUGGAAGGAGACCAUUGCUGAUCGGUUCAAUAUCCGGAGGUGCUUUGUUCCUAUUUACGGAAGGCAUGUACUUCUAUAUAAAAACUUGUACAAAUAUCGAUGUCACCCCUUAUAGUGUCAUCCCAGUGGUCGGUCUUAUAGGGUUCGUAAUAAUAUUCUCAUUGGGGAUGGGUACUGUCCCACUUCUGAUGUUGGGCGAACUUUUCUCGUCAAACGCUAAGGCGUUCGCUUUAUGUUUCGCCGAUAUUUAUUUUUCCAUUAUAGCCACUUCAGUGUCAAAGUUCUUUCAAAUCAUGAAGGAUUCCUUUGGCAUUUAUUCGCCCUUUUUUGCAUUUACGUUUUUUAGUGUUUGUGGGUUGAUUUUGAUUGUUUUAUUUGUGCCGGAGACCAAGGGUAAGACCUUGGAGGAUAUACAGGCCCAGUUUCACGAGGGAAAAAAUUUAAGGGUUAGAAAGGAAAAGAAAAGGGACAAUGGGGUGUGUUGAGAUCUCAAUUGUAUUAAGCUCAGUUUUAGUUGGUUUAGGAGGAAAACUGAUCAAAAUGGUCAUUAGUAGUAGUAUUUUGGUAAAAUUGAUAGUAUUUUUAAUCUUAUUGUAGAUAAUUAUUUGUGUAAUACUGCCUAUUGAUUACACUUCAAGUGAACAUUUGAUAACAAUGCGUGGUCCCUUUACCGGUAUUGCCAUAUAUUACUUGGGUUUUUUUUAAAAAAGAUACUUAUUUAAUUAUUAAUUUAUAGUUCAUAGAACGUUAGUUUUUUUUGACAGAAAUAUUAAUGAUUCUGUAUCAUAUAUCUGAAGGCUGAUAGAACUGAUCCUAUAAUUAAGAGAACAUAUGUGUAUUAAUUUUAAUUUAGGUUUAAUUAUGUACUGUGAGCAUAUAACUGUCUCUCUCCUUUGUUUUAAAUUUGGGCGUGGCUUUUUGACGUAGAAAAGACAGCUCAAAUUGGUGUUAAUUUUCAAAAGUUGAUGAGGGAGUGUUUAAAGCUCUUACUGUAGUUAUAAUAUUAUUAUAAAUCUUAUCGCAAUGUACAUAAUUUUUUUACAAAAAAUACAUAAUUUUUUAUAAA